AUGGAGCAGCGCACGAGGCUGGCGGCCGGGCUCCCAGGGAGCCCUGGGUGCGCGUGCGUCCCGGCAUCGCUGGCACUGCUAUUACUGUUGACGCUGGUGCGGGAGCGCGCCGCAGGGACCCACUCUCUCCACUACCACUACCUGACCCUGUCAGAGCCAGGGCCAAGCCUCCCCCAGUUUCUGGCAGUGGGCUAUGUGGAUGAUCAGCCCUUCAUCCGGUAUGACAGUCGCUUGAGCAGGGCCAAGUCCCAGGCCCCAUGGAUGACACCCAUGGAUGCCCAGUACUGGGAGAAAGAGACCCAGAAGCAUAGGACCUGGGAGAAGGUACAACACGUGGAGAUGUGGACCUUGAUGGGCUACCACAACCAGAGUAGUGGCAUGCACACUGCUCAGCGCAUGUUCGGCUGUAAGAUCCAGGAGGAUGGCCACUCUAGCAGUUUCUGGCAAUUUGGCUUCAAUGGGCAGGACCACCUGUCACUGGACCUGGAAACACUGAGCUGGGUGUCAGCCCAGCCUGUGACAUUACAGUCAGACCGAUGUUAUGCCGAGUAUGAUAAGGCCUACCUGCAAGGCCUCUGCCUCAACUCAUUGCGCAGGUACCUGGACCUGGGAAACCAGAGUCUGACCCGAACAGAGCCGCCCAAGGUGCAUGUGACACGGCACAUAGCCCAGAAUGGUGGGGUCACACUGAGGUGCUGGGCCCUGGGCUUCUACCCACAGAACAUCGUCCUGAGCUGGUGGCUGGGUAGGGAAGAGCUAGCCCUCGAGAAUGAGCAAGUGGAGACACGCCCCAGCGGGGACGGUACCUACCAGAAGUGGGCAGCUGUGCAGGUGCCCGCCGGGAAGGAGGCCUUAUACACCUGCCAUGUUCAGCACCCGGGCCUGAACCAUACACUCACUGUGAAGAGGACCUUCAUCAAUCUCAAAACACCAUUAGAGCAGGGGCUACUCAGUCUGAAGACCAACAUUCACUGUUAUAAGACCAAGGAGGGAGGCUGGGUUGGCAGCCAGCGCUCCCGGCCGCCGAAUAUCCUCAGGAUGCAUAGAGAUGUGGUCCUCCGCCUACCCAGUCGCCCCCUCCCUGGUAUGUGCUGGAACACCUUUUGUAACUUCCCGUUGCCUCCCAAGCAGCUGACUUCAGAGGAGGACGCGCAGUAUCCGGCAAACCCCGAGACAGGAGAGAAAUGCUGCGGGGUCUGCAUUUGCGUGCUGAAUGUCAAAGGCGAGUGGGGCUGCCGCCUGGUUCCGCCCCCUCCGACCUUACAGGGUUCCGGACCUAGCGCCUUUGCCUGA